AUGUUGCCGAAAAUCCAACUUUUAUUUCUCCUAUUAUUGGUAGUGAAAGACGCAGUUUUGGUUCACUCGAGCAGAUACAAUUUUAUAAUUAAUAAUGUCACCUGUGUGUCCUUCACAAACAUCAUCAAACACCUUGAAUGUGAGGCGAGCAAAGUGGCCACAAAUACUUAUGCUUAUUCCGGCAAAAUUGUAUUCAAUAAAUCUAUAAACAAGAACUAUUCCCUAAGAUAUUUGUUCGACAUCACAACUAUUUCGAAAAGCAAGUUAUUACAUUUUAUUGAUGUCAAAAUGAAUAUAUGUGACGCCAUAAAAGUGCGAUAUGAUAUUCCCUUGUUGCAAAAAUUAGUGAUAGAAAUAAGAAGAACCAGCAACUUUCCCUACCAAUGUCCCUUACAGCCGAAUUUUUCGUAUACUUUCAAAAAUCUCACAUUUAGCGAUGAAUUUUUGAAUAAAUUUUUACCCUAUUUUCACUUUGUUCAACAUUUAAAUUUAUAUGAAUCGGAUAAAAUAAUUGCCGGUUUAACAACUAAAGGUAGCCUUUUGCCCAAAACGAAGACAAAAAUAAAUAUUAAAAAAUUAUUGUAA